UAUUCCCUAUAUAUAUAUAUAUUCCAUCAAUUUUCCCAAAUCCUCUCACCUCUUUCAUUUUGUUGUAUCGCCCGAAUUGUUCUUCCAUGGCAGCUUAUAAACUACUAAUAAUAAUGUGUACCAUCUUCAUCUACUUUUCUCUAAUCCCAGUUACCAAAAUCCAGGCAACAAAAUACAUCAGUGGUGAUGAACAAGAACCCGAGUUCGUCCAAUCAGUUGAUCAUAAUCCGAGGCAGAGGAUGAUGAAAAGGGAGAAGCUCAGCCACUUCAAGUUCUACUGGCACGACAUCCUCAGCGGGCAGAACCCAUCUGCCGUAACAAUCGUUUCGCCGCCGAGGUUAAUGGCGAACGGUUUUGGAAUGAUGAGGAUGAUGGACAAUCCCUUAACUUUGGGUCCCGAAUUGGGGUCCAAAUUGGUUGGAAGGGCUCAAGGAAUUUAUGCCUCGGCUUCGCAAGAAGAGGUUGGUUUUUUGAUGACUAUGAAUCUGGCUUUAACUGAAGGGAAGUAUAACGGGAGCACGAUUACCGUGAUGGGCCGGAAUCCGGUGUUACAUACGGUUAGGGAGAUGCCGGUGAUUGGAGGAAGUGGGCUUUUCCGGUUUGCUCGUGGGUAUGCUCAGGCAAAGACACAUUGGUUCGAUCUGAGAUCCGGUGAUGCAACGGUUGAGUACAAUGUUUAUGUAUUGCAUUAUUGAUGAUCUCGCGCGUCCUUCAUUCUCUAGCUACCAAAAGUGUGUGUGUCUGUGUGUCUGUGUGUUUCUUUUUUGUUUGUUUAAUUCAGCUUAUUGUACCUUAGUACAAACAUCAUCGUGUAACUUUCGGCCAUGCACCAUAAAUUACUCCGACCAAAAGAUUUGGUGCGGAUGAGUGUUGUACUAUUUUUGUUCCAUAACACGGGUUUGAUUUUGGGACGAAAAAAAUAAAAAGUUAAGUGAUAUUAUGAGUUAAUCUGAUAUGUAUCGGUCUCAAUUCUCAAUUUGCUAUCAUGCGUCGUCUCAAAAUUAAUGCGAAUUACUAUUUCUUUUAUUUUUGG